UUCAGUAAUGAAUGAAUAAUUCAGCUUUUAAUUCCUGACUGAUGUUGAUUUUGGACUGAUUCUCUUUAUUACUCAUCAUUACUGUUCAUCUCCAACUGCGCGCGGGGAGGGGCGGGCCUGCUGACGUCACUGCGGCCGCGCGGACCCUCGCGACCCUCCGUCCCGUAUAAAUAAACCGGGCUGCGUUAACUUUCCUCGCGCAUUCAACUCAGUGCACGCGACCUCGCUUCACGACCCGAGUUUACCGGAAGCUUUUCGACGGAGAUGCGCGAGACGUGUUUUAGAGAACUUUACUCCCUGUGUUUAAUCCUCUGGUGUCUCACCGGUUUUUACUCUCAGGCUGAAUGCUAUCCGCUGUUAGACUGUGGAGACGAUGGAGACUACACGCAGGGUUCAGCAGUUCAGAGCUCGCUGUGUGGACUCGUGUGGGGAGACCAGAAGAAGGAGCAGAUUCAGAACGUCUUCAAACGGUUCUUGUUCCACUACUCGAAGGCACGGAAUUCAGUCGGCACUGUCGAGAGAGAGUCUCACUCUGUCCACCCCUUGAUGCGCCUCUCGCCCAAGUUCACUCUGCGGAGGAAGAAACAGCAGGUUUUGUCUAGACACUGAAGAAGACUUGUGGCCGCUCGGACCGAUUCCUCCGAGGUAUUCGAGAGCUGACUGGAUGUUCAGGAGGAUGGUAACACCACGUGGACUGUAAACUCACCGAUUCUGUAAAUAAACUCAAUCUCACCCGUGUUGUGCGUUUGAGUUCUCUCUCUCUCACAGCCACUCGUGUGUGAUAUAUAUAUAUCCAGUGUUGUGUGUCGCUACUGCACUUAUCAGAGCUCAUGAGUCUAUCUAACGUUACAAUGAAAGCUAUAUCUCUUUUUAAAUGAAACAAAUACACUGUAUGGUUAAAAUAAGUGUAGUGUGUAGGGUGUAAAACAGUAAUCAAACAAAAACAGCAUAAAUCUACAGGUUUUCUUUUUAUGAUGGCCAUCAGGAACAUGUCCUAUACAAAAAUGUUAUGGCAUAAAUAAGAAUACGUACUACUUAUAAAAUGGCUUUAACAGCUUAAAAAUCUAAAUAUUGUGUUAGGAGUCGCUGAAGAUUUAAA